AGACAAGGUUUUGGUAAUUCGAAUCCAUCCGAUUUCUCCUUCUCCUCUUAUUCUUCUGUCUCCUCGAUCAUGUCGAUUCCAUUCGGUUUCUCCUCCUCUUCUUCUCGAUUCAGAUUUCGAUUUCGAUUUCGAUUUCGAUUUCGAUUCUGACUCCAACUCUUCCUCUUCUCCAGUCUCCAGAGGAAUCACGGUUUCAAGCAAGCAAAGAGUUCGUCUGCUUCGCUCAAUAAUUCCUCCCUCCCGAUCGAUUCUCAAAAGGUAACUUCAGAUCCUAGCUGAGGUACCGUCAGAGAUCUCUCCUCCUUCGCCGAUCUGAAAUCGAUCACUGUGAUUUUGAUCGCCAAAUAUCUCGCCUCCAUUUUUGGCCAAUUCCUUCUCCGCUUCUUCUCGUAACAACUCCUGUUUUCUAGACUAUUCCGGAUCGAAUCCCUCGCCAGCGUCUGUGAGCACCCCAUCGUCGUCAAGACGACUCCGCUUUGACUUCGAUUGCGGCCGAUUGUGUCGGUGUCGGCGUCGGCGACGGCCGAGGAAGAGGAGAAGGCACAUACGCCAGCCUAGAGCACGAGCGCCGCUCCAAUCCCUCGCCAGCGUUGCUGCGAUUUUGAUCGCGAGUAGUGCUGCCGCCGAAGGAACCGAUGCUUUCUCCUUCGUCUCUCCGAUCUCGCCCUUGGUCCGUGCGUCGGGAUGCGGAAGUUCCAUGGCAUUUGAUUGCGAUUGCAGCCUUCUUUGCAUUGAUCAAAUUGCCAGGCCCUUAUUACCCUUUCUGGGGUCGCAUAUUCAUUCCACACUUGGCCAAUGGAGUAUUAUGGAGGACUUUGAUGCAUCUGGGUUUCCAGAGCAUCCUAUCAGGGGUGCUCUCAUGAUCGCCAUCGGCUGCGUUUGCUGGGCUGGUUUUGUCAAUCUCCAAGCAAUCACAUUGGAAUCAUACCCUGGGAAGCUGUCCUUAACAGCUCUAAUAUGCAUGAUGGGAGCAAUGGAGGGAUCAGUAGUGGCAGUUGGUCUGGAGUGGAAGAACCCUUCAGCAUGGACAAUUGGUUUCGACACCGAGUUACUAGCUGCUUUCUAUAGUGGGAUUAUAUCGUCAGGAGUAGUGUACUCGAUUCAAGGACUAGUGAUGCAGAGAAUGUUGACAGACAGAGAAGAGGAGGAGACUGGUAGUUGCUCGCUCGAUCGGAGGUUAGAUCUGAAAUCCAUAAUUCCACUGAUUAUCAGCAACAACAUCUCUGCGUAUGGAGGUGACUCUAACAGGAAAGGAAUGGAGUCCGAAUCUUGUGAUUUGCUUGUCGCGAUGCAUGAGAGUGGAGUCGUUGUUGAUGUUUCGAUUUGUGGGGAUGUGGCUAGGCAGCUCUGAAUGUUAAAUGAGUUUGACAAGGCUAAGGUGCAGGUUGAUAUGGUUAGUAGAAUUGAAACAGGCGAGAGAUGAUGAAGAGGAAGAAGAUGGUGAUGGAAGUGGCAAUGAUGAGUGUGAAAAUGUUUCUGAAGUAAGUUUCAAAAGUCGGUCACCUGCACUUUGACAAACAGAAGCUUGUUAUGCUUUGGCUGCUGAGUGAAGAGUACUCCCAAAAUUGGCUGCUGAGUGGAGUCGAAGAUUAGAGAUCACAGCAGAUGUACCCACAAGGUCGCGAAGCGCUGGAGAAAGCAGCUGUAAAACUUGUCGCUGCAGGUGUCAGAUUAGAUGACAUGGAUAUGGUGUGUGGAUAAUUUUGGUUGGUAAACUAUUUUGUUAUAUGAAAUAAUUUUUUACUAUAAUUCUAUUAAUUUUUAAUAUUUUCAUUUUAGUGACCCAAAUCUCAUCUACCAAAUUUCAUUUUUACGAUAAUUCUAUUAAUUUUUAAACUUUCAUAACCAAUUCCAUUGGUCACCAAAAUGGUUUAAUUGGUUGAGAUAUGUGUUUUUCACGACCAAUUGUUAUAGUUGUGUUAAACUUUUAUAACAAAUAUAAUUAGUC